ACAUAUUAUUAUAUUACUCUUUGGUUGACGAGUUAAUAUUUGCGCUUUACGAUUAAGUACUAAAAAAACUACUAAACUAGUACAAUUACAAUAUACAUAUUGAAUACGUAGUAACUAGAUCUUAACGUGUGAUAUUGAGUGGGUACCACAUUUCUUUCUCUGUACAACAUACAAUAUUUACGUAGUUCGUUUAAAGUAUCAUAUUUUUUUACAAUGCUAUAUAUAAAACCAAAAAUAUAAUAAUUUUUAUUCAUUUAUUCCAAAAUCACUAUUAAAAUACUAGGUGCAUUGUACAAACACUAAAACGCAGUUUAUCGAGUCUUGUUGUAUUUGCAAAGACUUAUAAUGGUUUGUCAAGGGCCUGAACCUCCUGAUAAUUCACCACAAAACUUAACACCGCCACCUCGGCAUGACUUAAUUACGAACGGCAAUCAUGAUGAUAGUGAUGAUGAACAAAAUGAUCACUUUGGCUACGAACCUUUACCUCAAGGGCCAGAGGCUGUACUAAACGACCAUGACAGUGAUGAUGCCGAUAGUGAUAUAGAAACCUCACAAUCACCUGCAGCUGAUGUGCCACAAAUAGAACCAAUGGAAAAUAUAUUAACGAGGGAGGUAUGGAGUUCACCAAGAUCUACAGAUCCUAUUCAGAUGGAUAAUGAGAGAGCCCAGCAGGUUAUGUCGGCGAUGGCUAAUUUUGCUUUACCACAAACAUCAAUUCCAGAAUGGGCACAGAGUAUAUCAGAAGAACAGUGGAAGCAAACUUUGAAUGAUAGAAUUGAAAAAUUAAGAGGCAACAGAUAAAUUAUUUCUGUAGGUCAGGUUUCAAGCUAUAGCUAAUGUUUCUGUUUAUUCUCAUAAAUAUAAGGUGCUUAAACAAACUCAUUUCUUUUUACUCCUUAUUCUUAUUUCUCAGACAUGAGGCAGUAUCUUAUUAGAUAGAAAUGAUUUUAA